AUGUUGAAUCAACCUAGUCAUGAUCGAAAACCUGAUGUAGUUUUGAUGGAUGCUGAUUUUUCUAAUGAUCCUUUACUCUGCAAUGACAUUCUUAAUAAAUGCGAGAAAACUAUUUCAGAAGAAUCAAAUCUUGAUGUUCUACCAAAUAUUAUUUGUCCUCAUAAUGCAUUUGUUUCUUGUGUGAAACUUGUUCGGUGCGAAGCACAAAUACUAAAUGAGCUCGAUUUUGAUUACAAUUCGGAUGAUUUCAUAUCAACUGCUGUUUAUCCUUAUCACAAAGUCACUUCUGAUGUUUACUCUAGUCAAUGUGUGAAAAAUGUUUUAAAUGAAGUCACAUCAUUCAUAACUUGGGGAUAUAAAGAUCCAAAAUUAUUUCGUGUGCGAGGAUAG